AUGGAGACCACUAUUGAUAUUCGACGUUACUAUAAAGAAGUCUGUUCAUCUGCAUUACUUAUCUCGACCCAAGACCUUGACCUCAGCUUCACUGCGAAAACUGUGACGAUCCCCUCCGACCUGGGUGGGACGAUAAUUGGCCGCGGUGGAGAUCGCAUCAAUAGAAUACGUGACGAAAGCGGAGCGCAGAUCCAGCUGGAACCCUCGUCUGGCCAAGAAGAGCGCGUCAUCACAAUCACUGGCACACAGACACAGAUUCAUGCUGCACAAUACCUCCUACAGCAGUGGUCAGUCCAAAUAGGCUCACUGUAG